ACGGGCAACGGUCGGUCUGUCACAAGAUGGCCGCCGUGGGGUGAAAUGAGGGAUGGGUGAGGUUUCUUUCGUUUCCACGUUUCAUGCGCCGCUUUAAGAAGAUCUUCGGGUUUCUUGUCCUUGUUAUUGUGUCCCUUCAAGUCAUUUCCGACUCUAAGGCAGAGAUGCUACAAAUAACUGUCAGAGCUUGGUUGGAAAGCCAGUGGAUUUUGGCAAAUUCACAUAUACAGUGUUCCCUAUUUUCACAGCAGGUUAAAAGCUGGCACAGGAAUCUUAGCACAACCUGCUCAAAAUGUUCGAAGUCUCGGAGACUGGGACAUAAAAGAAACAUUUCAGAAAAGAAACUGACUCACUACUUUGUAGAUCAUCGAAAGGUGCGUGUGAUAGCGGGCAAAGGAGGUGAUGGUAUUAGCUGUUUUCACAGUGAGCCUAGAAAAAUAUAUGGAGGCCCUGAUGGUGGAGAUGGAGGAGAUGGAGGACAUAUUAUACUGAAAGUGGAUCAGCAGGUCAAAUCCUUGGCUUCUCUUCUACCAUUGUAUAAAGGUUUCAAUGGAGAAAAUGGAGGGAAUAAAAACUGCUAUGGCGCUGCUGGCAAAUGUAUUUACAUUAAGGUUCCCAUUGGUACUAUGGUUAAGGAAGAUAGUGAAGUUGUGGCUGAUCUCAACCAGCAUGGUGAGGAAUAUGUUGCAGUCUAUGGUGGAGCUGGUGGGAAAGGCAAUCGUUUCUUUCUGGCCAAUGAUAAUCGAGCACCAAUAACUGCUACUCAGGGAGAACCAGGACAAGAAAGAGUUCUCAGUUUAGAGCUCAAGACGAUGGCCCAUGCAGGGAUGGUGGGUUUUCCUAAUGCUGGGAAGUCUUCACUGUUGCGAGCUAUCUCCAAUGCAAAACCAGCGGUGGCUCCUUACCCCUUCACAACCUUAAAUCCACAUGUAGGUAUUGUCCUCUAUGAAGGCUACGAGCAAGUUGCCGUUGCGGAUGUUCCUGGAAUAAUAAAAGGAGCUCAUCAAAACAGGGGGCUUGGCUUAGCCUUUCUAAGGCACAUAGAACGUUGCCGGUUUCUUCUAUAUGUGUUGGAUCUCUCUGUGUCUGAGCCAUGGACUCAGCUGCAAGACUUAAAAUAUGAACUGGAACAGUAUGAAGAAGGCUUGUCAAAGAGACCUCAUGCCAUCAUUGGGAAUAAGUUUGAUCUUCCACAGUCAAAGAGCAAUUUACCUCUCCUUAAGGAGCAAGUAGAACAGAGAGUCAUUCCGUUGUCUGCUCUGACAGGAGAAAAUCUGGAGGAAUUUUUGUUGCAUCUUAAAGAACUGUAUGAUAAUUAUGUAAAGACAGAAGAACUACAGAGGUGUAAGCCUAUGAAGUGGUAGCUGCCAACAUAGUUCUUCUUUAGCCACAUUUAGGUAGAAUGGGGUGAAGAAGGAAAUGCAUGUUAUUUGAAAAACAUAUGUCCCGAACACAUUCAAAAUUAAAGAUGCUUUCCCACAGAAUUUAAAGAAGUACACACCAGUGACUCUUUUCCCCCUUCCUUAAUUGGGUUCUUAAGGACAUAAGAGAAUAUUAUUUUGGUUUGUAAAUUGUUCUGGUUAUGUAUACUUGUAGACUGUAUACACACAAAUGUAAAGACUGAGACAAGGGCAGGCAAGUAUACCACAGACAAACACAUUUCUAUGAAUAUGCCCAGACCUUUCUUUGAAACUGUAUGUGAGAAGUUUGCUUUAUUUUUACUUAUUAUUUAAUACUGAAAAAGUAUAGAGAAUACGUGCCCACUAUCAGUAGGCAAGAAUGAAUGGCCAUCUGUGGCAGAGGAGGCUGUAAGACAAGUGAUAAAUUAAUUGAAACAGAGCUAUAGAGAAUUAAGUGAAUUCACUGGACUUAAUCAUGCUUAAUUCAGUGUUGGAUUACAGCCACAAUCCAGUCUGAAGCACAAAAAGAACAGAUUUCCAGGUUUUCUUUCUUUUUAUUUUUUUUUAAAAAGGUGGAUAUGUUGGAGGGAGGGUGUGUGAAGAAACAUAAUGGCUGGCUUGUUUUAGCGUAGCUUUCAAAAAAGCUUCAAUCCUUUUGGUCAAAUUGCUUUGUACAUGGUCCUUGGUUACUCAUUAGAAGAAUGCAAAAUGCUGCAUAGCUAUUAAGGGAUAAGAAUGUGAAUUUCAUUAUUCAUUGGUAUCCCCUUUCAGUCGUUCCGUUUUUUAUUUUGCAAGAAAAUUCUCCUUUUGUUUCCAUUCGUCAGUUUCUUAAUGGAGAGAAAUGAUAAGUUGGGUUGACUGAUGAAUGACUGUUAAUUCUCAAAAUUAGUAGUAGUCAGCAUUGUUGUAAAAACAACAACAACCCAUCACCAUGCAUAAUAGAAAAAAAUAGUAUAACUCCCCUUUAUACUGGCAAAAUGCCAGCUGUUUUGUCUCAGGGGCUGGUUACAUGACCCUUAAACUUUUCUCCUGUGGGCUCAUUGCCAGCUGGUUUCUAUGUUGAAAACUGGCUAGAGAAAACGGGUGAGCCAUCUAAAGAUGAACUCAGAUUAAACUAGGUAUGUUCCCUCUCUUUCUAUAUAGAAUCGUAGAGUUGGAAGAGACCGCAAGGGCCAUCCAGUCCAACCCCCUGCCAUGCAGGAAAUCUCAAUCAAAGCAUCCCUGACAGAUGGGCAUCAAGCCUCUGUUUAAAGACCUCCAGGGAAUGAUAGAUGUUUACAGAACAAAUCAGAAUAAUGAGUUGUAUGGAAAAAUCUCCACCAGGAGCCCCUCUACCUUUUUACUUUGAAGUGAUAAAGUUACCAUUGGCCUGUUACAAACGGGCAUAAAAGUACGUCCUGGGGGCGUACUAGGGUUAGAAAGGGGUGUCACUUCCUGAUGCCCCUAACAAAAUGGCGGCACCCAUUCCACACGGGGGCUGCCAUUACGACGUCACAAAUGCACCGCCUCCAAACGAGGUGGCGCGGACAUGUCACGCCGCGUGAGGGUGCCUAGAGCACCCUUUCCGCGGCACGAGAAGGAGCUCUGAAAUGGAGCUCCUUCUGAGGUUUGUGUCCCUGGUGCAGCCUUUAGAUGGUUGCACCAGGGACGCAAGGGAGA